UUCAGCUCCUUUUGAUUUUCAUUCAUUUUUGCUGUUCUUUAUCUCUUGAUUUCUUUAUAAUUAUCUCCUCUUAAUAGCACGUGUUUCGACGGGUCCAACGUUUUAAAAUCAGUGUCAGAAAAUUUGGUAAAUGUUAAUGUUAGCUGCUCUAUUUGGUGUAAGUUAAUGACCUGUGAAGUUACAGAGUGUUAUGGUACUUGCAUAGAACAGAGCAGCCAGCUAAUAAUUAGUUACUUGUACCGAAGGGCAGACGCGUGUGAACUAUAGUUGUCUGCAUCUUACUCCAUUGGAUGCUAGAUGACAACAUCUGAUAGAUAGACAGCCACAAGGAACAUCAUGAUCAUGAAUUACGGAAGUGUCAAUUAUGUUGAUGUCAUUCACUUUGAAGAUUAGGAUGUAUUGUUUUGUGGUGAACUUGUGACAAAAGCACUGCGUUGAACCUGGGCAAUCAGGGUUCAUUGUUGAUUCAACCUGAUGUCAGAACCACCAUUUAGACCACGAGAGAAACUUAUUGAGAAGCAAAAGCAUUUCCAGAGUGUCCAUAAGCACACGUAUUUGAAAGGACCAUAUGACAAGAUUACCUCUGUUGCAAUACCACUUGCAUUGGCAGCAUCUUCAUUGUACCUGAUUGGAAGAGGGAUCUACAACAUGUCACAUGGAAUAGGGAAGAAAGAAUGACUUACACUUUCUGAUUGAUUUCUGUGCUUAUAUGUCUGGUGCCUUGAUAAAUUUCUGUAAUUUUCAGACUUUGAUCACCAAAGGAUGUUCAAAACUUGGAAUGAAUAGUGUUCUCUAUUUGGUUGAUGUAACGAUAUGAUGGUGAUUCAGUACUUGUGUGUAAUAACUGGAUUUUCAUGUUCAUCUUUA